CUACCUGUUCUGCAUCUGCCUUCAAACAAAGAACAGAAAAGAAGAAACCAUGGCCUACAUUCGACUGUCAUGCAGCCUGGCUUUCCUGAGCCUUGUCCUAGUCAUCUGCGAGGUUGGUGCUGCUCCGAGAUCUGAUCUUCGGCUUCAAAGACUCCUACAGAGAGCAGCCGCCACAGGAAUGGGAAGAGAGGCACUGACCAGAUUCACCCUGGAAGACAUUAUAAGUCAGCUGGGCCAGUCUGAAAGUGAGCUAACAGAGUCUGAAGUUCCCGCUGAUAACGAAGUUCACCUUGACCUUGAGAGAUCCACUGAAAGUGGAGCCAACCAGUUGCCACCUCGGGAGCGCAAAGCUGGGUGCAAGAAUUUCUACUGGAAGACUUUCACAUCAUGUUAAAUAGACUUUCUGAGUAGAAGCCAACAAUGUGUGUAUUGUUUUGUGCUAUCAGCUCCAAUGUAAUUACACAGUGUGUUAAUAAAGAGU